AUGAGGAUUUUGAAUUGGGGAGAGGAUAAGCGGUUCGAUGAGAUGCGCAGCAACUUGGGAAAAUUAGCUGUCUUUUGGAUUUUCCAGGCUGUCUGGGUUUGGACUGUCAGCUUGCCUGUUACAAUUGUGAAUGCCAGUGACAGAAACCCUUCGAUUGAAGCUCGGGAUAUCAUUGGUUGGAUCAUGUGGGUCAUUGGAUUAUCUGUGAAAGCUAUAGCAGAUCAACAGAAGCUUAAGUUCAAGAAUUCUCCAAGCAAUAAGGGAAAGUGGUGUAAUGUGGGUCUUUGGAGUUAUACUCGCCACCCAAAUUACUUUGGCGAGGAUGCACUAACUAUUAUCCGCAACAACGUGAAAUACAUCAUGCUUGUUCUGGGUUUGGUGAUUUAG